CAAGCUCUCGCUGUAGUAGUAGGAUCGACGAGUUUGCUCCCGUUAACGGUCGAUUCCGGUCCGGGUAUUUUCAAGGCAUUGCGUCACGUUGAUGAAUUUGAAGAGAUACUACCGAGAGGCGCAUCCGUCCGCUUAUGAUAAACAAAUCUGCGGCAGGCACUUGAAUAUGCGCAAGAAAGACCGGUGACGGUUGGUUUAUAGACGCGAUAUAUUAAAGAAAACACCGAAGUGAAUCACAUCAGCGCGCGCGUGUGUGUGUGUACACGGUUAUACUCAGGUGGGCCAAACGUUUUGCGCAUGGCGUCGGUGGUCUGUGAUAUAAACCCGGUUCGCGCGGCUCGGGAUGAUCGGUGAGGCUCAUGCACGCGCUCUUCCGUUCGAUCUCCGCGCCAUCCCGCGGUGUGACAGAGAGACACGGCACCGUCGGUCCUGAGCCUAUGGCGGGUCCCGCAUUCACGGGAGCGCACGGGACCUGGAUCACAUCUCGGUUACGGGAGGACACGUCAUCUUCUUCAUCGUUAUCAUCGUCAUCGUCCGCAGAGAAACCGCGCAAACGGAGAGCCUUUAACCUGGUCAGACUGCGGCAGCCCGCCGCCCCCGGUAACAACAACACACCGUUUGUGAUCUCCGGUCAUAUCAAGCACAUCUGCAGUAACUGCAGCCGCGGGAAUGAAAUCCGGGACGCAGAGGGGGCGGAGCGUCUGGCUGCGAUGCGCUCUGAUUCGCUAGUUCCCGGGACGCACACGCCUCCGAUCCGCAGACGCAGCAAGCUGGCCAGUCUGGGACGACUCUUCAAACCGUGGAAAUGGAGAAAGAAAAAGAGCGACACUUUCAAGCAGACGUCUGCAGUGCUGGAGAGGAAGAUGUCGACGCGUCAGAGCAGAGAAGAGCUCAUCAAGAGAGGCGUGCUGAAGGAAGUGUAUGAGAAAGUAGAGGAGGUCAGCGUUGACGGCGGCCAUGUGUGUGUGAGUGACCUGGACAGACAGACGGUCAUCAGUUCAGUGUCAGAGUCUGCAGACGCCAGCGUCACAGACACAGUGUCGUUCUCAGAGGUCCAGUCGUGUGGUGAAACCGUGGCGUGUCUCUCGGAUCUCGUCCCUAAACCAUCUCAAGCCCCGCCCCCUGUGAAGCCCAUGCCGUUGCCUAGCAACAGCGCUGACAUCACUCACAUGAGGCCGUCAUCACUGAAACAGCCUCCUGCCUUACCACCGAAGCCAUACAGCAGAAUACCAAACCAUCUGACAGAUACACUGGCUCGACUGUCGCCGCCCCUCCCUCCAAAGAAAGUGAUGAUAUGUGAGCCGGCGCCCUCGUUUCCCCUCCAAUGCCUGUCGUCCCAGGGCUCACACACACACACGCUCACACACCUGCACCCGCAGCACUAUGCCACGUUACCGCUGUCACUACACCCACCCAGCCGCAUCAUAGAGGAGCUCAAUAAAACCCUCGCAUUCACCAUGCAGAGACUCGAGAGCUCUGUACUGCAGGCGGUGCCAUCUGUCCUGGAGACGGAAGAGAAGGAGAACAGAGAUUCAAUGCACCAAACUCCUGCCAACACACACACACUCAUCACACACACCUUCAGCAUGCACGAGGAAGAGGACGAGGAAGAUGAGGAUGACGACGACUCGCUGUUUACAAGUACACUCGCUUUAAGAAUCUUACGGAAAGACUCGCUGGCGAUCAAACUGAGCAAUCGCCCGUCGAAGAGAGAACUGGAGGAUAAAAACAUCCUACCCAUGAUGAGUGACCAGGAGCGGAUAGAGUCCAGACAACAGAUCGGCACCAAACUCACCCGUCGUCUGAGCCAGAGGCCGUCAGCAGAAGAGCUGGAGCAGAGGAACAUCCUCAAACCGCGGAACGAGCAGGAGGAGCUGGAGGAGAAGCGUGAGCUGAAGAAACGGCUCUCCAGGAAGUUGAGUCAGAGGCCCACCGUGGAGGAGCUCCGAGAGGCCAAGAUCCUCAUCCGCUUCAGUGAUUACGUGGAGGUAGCAGAAGCUCAGGACUACGACCGGCGCGCAGACAAACCCUGGACCAGACUCACCGCUGCUGAUAAGGCCGCCAUACGCAAAGAGCUCAACGAGUUCAAAAGCUCAGAGAUGGAGGUGCACGAGUCCAGUCGACAUCUAACCAGGUUUCACCGGCCCUAGAAUCCAUCAGUGAACUCUGUCUCUGGUUCAGAGCCGUUCUUCUUUAAUGAACACUGAACAGACUCUCUGCUGCUGGCUUUGAUCAGGAAUCACACGCAGAUCCUCUGGACUCUUCACCGGCGGCGUAUGGACACGGACGAGCUGACGAUCUGUCUGUCGGCGGAUAUUUCUGUAUAUUUGGACAAAAACUCUGAUCUAUUACGUGCUCUUCGCCAUGAAUUUCUCUUGUUGUUGUUUUUUUUUCUUUUCUGGCAAUGGUCUUUAAUGCAGCAGACGAUGUAGUUGAUUUUCUACUUGGAACUGAGAAAUUAUUCCAGUCCUUUAAGUUUUCAAAAACGGAGAAGAUUUUUUCUAUUGAGUGCAAACCACGUUAUUACACACUAAAAUCUUUAAAGGAAUGGUUCAUCCAUAAAU